AUGAUUUAUUUGAAUUUGAUAAGUAUACUCCAUCACCACCACUGCACCUCCAUUGUUAUGGCAGUAUAUGAUGAUGAAAAUGACCAAAAAGGUGAGUGGAUUGCAAGACAUGGGUUUGAGAUUAUGAUUCUUCCAUUUGGGUCACAGGGAUUUGAGGAGGCAAUGCAAAUGGGAUCUGAAACAUAUCAUCAUUUGAAGGCUGUUAUUGCAGGGAAAUAUGGUGCACAUGGAUGUAAUGUUGGUGAAGAUGGUGGCCUUGCUCUUGAUAUCACCAGGCAUGUUGUUGGAGAUGACUUGUUGAUGUCAAAUUCUAAACAUGUCGAAAGAGCCAUCGAAGAACAUGCUUGCAAUGCCCUUCUUCUCAAGGUGAACCAAAUUGGGAGUGUGACAGAAGCCAUUGAAGUAGUGAAGAUGGAAAAAGAUGGUAAUUGGGGUGUGGUAAUAUCACAAAGAAGUGGAGAAACUGAUGAUUCUUUUUUAGCCGAUUUAUCAGUGGGUCUUGGCACGAGUCAGAUAAAAGCAGGCGCAUCUUGUAGAGGAGAGCGCUUAGCCAAGUACAAUCAGUUAAUUAGAAUUGAAGAAGAGAUCGGGGAUCAAGCAAGAAUUCAAAUGAUUAAACAUAUAAAAGGAAGAAGGGCAAGAAGGAAAGCAGUUCACCAAAAGAGAAAGAAAAGUAGUCUUCCUAUUGUUUUGUAA